UUUUCUUCUGCGUCUACUGGAGAAGAAUAAAACGCUGGUGAGGCUGUGAGAACAGCAGUGAUCGCGCUACCGUUCAAGACCACCUUUGAAUAUGGAGAAAACGAUCGAGAGCGAGCCUGAGGACGGAAAGAGAGCCCUUCCUUCUCCGCUGGUGAAGACAAAAGAGGGAGAAAACAACCAGAGCACCGAGGAUGAACGCCCAGACAAGGACACCCCACCACCACCACCAAUUCCAACAACACAUCAGAGACAACCGAAACGCAGCAGAAAUCGACCACGAAAAAGAAAAACCGCAAGAAGGCCAACUCCACCUCGCAGUGCAACCAAGACGACAUCAAACCACCAUACUCUUACAUUGCCCUGAUCACGAUGGCAAUCUCCCAGUCGCCCAACAAGAUGCUCAAGCUGAGGGAGAUCUGCGAUUACAUCAUCCAGCAGUUCCCCUACUACCACAAGCUCUGGCCCACCUGGGAGAAAACCAUCCGGCACAACCUCAGCCGCAACGAGUGCUUCAUAAAGGCCCCUCGCGAUGACGGCUCCUCGGGGAGAGGAAACUUUUGGAAGCUUCACCCGGCGAGCUCAGAGAUGUUCAGAAAAGGGAGUUUCCAGCGAAGGAGGUACAGAUUCCUUCACCAGCUCCCGCAGAAGCCCUACGCCGACCCCGUCACCUCUCCGACUGGUCUUCACUCGCCUGACGGAGUCGCCACCUCUUUCCCCUCCCGCAUCCCUAUCCCCAAUCACGAGCUCCCGUAUGCAACCAUUCCCUGCACCCAUGGGAACGGGUACCCGGCAGCCAGCUGUAUUCCAGUGUUCCCCGAUGCCAACACCCACCAUCGCUAUGCCACCGAGGUAGUGGCUGCUCAGCAACGCAGCCGGAGCUUCUCCUCGCCACCUGUCGGCGACAUGCCUUACGAGUUCCCCACCGUACCCCACAUCCCGAUAUCGCGGAGCUACUCCAUUGGGAGCCCGCCCAGUUUCGCCCCCCUCGCCCAAUAUCAGCCUGGUGACAGGCUCACUCAGCCCUCCUGGAGCUAUUCCCCUUACUCGAGCCAAACUUCCCCCAUCCCUGCACCUCCCGCGCAGGGCCAAAACUUCACCAACAGAACAACAUGCGCCUCCCCGAUGGACACAGUACGCCAGCCCCCCUCCGUUUUCCGUAGCAGCUGCAGCAGUCACCUAUCCCUAUCCCGUCACUGCCGAGUGCUCGAGCCCUGUGUUUGGACACAACGCAGAGUCUGGAGGACCCGGGGUCGAUCUGGCUAUCAAGUGCAAUUUCACCAUCUCAAAUUUGCUCAAGAGCUAAGUCUUAUUUCCUCUUAGAGAGGGGUUCCACUGUAUACAUUCACUAUUAAUACUCUAUUCAACCUCUAUCACUAUUGUCUGUAUUACUGAUAAUUUCUGGAAACUAUGACGCUAUAUUUUGAUGAUCACCACUAAGUCUUGUUAUAGUCUGAAUUCACCCUUAUCUCUGAAUGUUUUUGUAUUCAUUCAAUUUUGCAUGAAUCACUUCUUGCAAGCCCAACUACCCACUAAAUGUACAGGUA